UGCACAAUUCAAUUUCCAACAACACAAUCAAAACAUGCUUGCGAGUGGCGAAAUCCUCCUCAUCGACGAAGUGCUUCGCGACAACAUGCUCCAUCGCUCUGUUCGCGUGACUGGGCGCUUGGACAUGUACGACGCCGCCAAAUCCAUCGCGAGCUUGUCGUUUCAGAACGCAGUGAUCGUCGUCGCGACAGAUUUGCUCGUGAAUUUCGACUUUGCCAUUGGCUCGCUGUACCAAUUCAUUGGUGAAACAUACGCAAACGAGGGCAAAAUGCAAUUGCGCGCCCGUGUCGGACGCAAUGUCGACGGCUUGGAUACCCAAUUGUUCGUGGAUGCGUUGAAACUUCGACGGGAAUUCAUCAAGACCACCAUGGCUGCGUGAAUAAUAUGAUGGCCGUCCACGCAAGCUUGGGCCAAAGGCGCCUACCUAACGUUAGCUCGACUUUUCCACUAGUUUUGUCAUGUAUUAAUUACCCACCAUCAUGCAUCGCCAUA